ACCUACAUUCGUGUGAGAUUCGUUCGUGCAUUCAUUCAUUCAUUUCAUUCACUCUUUUUGAUUUGGCUGGCGUGCUGCGAAGAGCGGCAUUGUAAUUUUGUUUUUCAAUAAAAAAUUUUACAUGACAAAGUGCAGCAAUGGCAGUUCCAGCAGAAGUUAAAGCUACAGUAAAUCCAUUAGUGUUUCAAUAUCUGCAGACUGUAGAUAAAUCAUUAGCAGAUCAGUUUCAAAAAAAGACCAAAGCGAAACCACCAGCAAAGAAUUCCCCAGGAUUGAUUGAAAUUGUGUCUCGGUUUGUCAAAAGUAAGACUCUACAGAAGGCUGCUGAAAGUUCUGAUGACUCAAGUGAUGAGGAAGUACCAAAAAAAACUCUUCCCCAAAUCAAUGGUAAAGCUCCUGUAAAAAGACCAGCUGGCUCUACUUCAGAUAGUUCAUCGGAGAAUGAAAAACCACAGGCUAAACAAGCAAAACCACAAGUGCAAGCUAAAAAACAGGAAUCUUCUGAUGACAGUGACAGCAGUGAUGAUGCUGCUACAACUCAGCCGAAAAAGCAACCAGUGAAACCCCAACCUGUUAAAAAACCUGUUCCAUUAAAAAAACAAUCUUCAGAUGACAGUGACAGUGAUGAGGAUCCAAAGAAGCCAGCACAAACUCCUGUCAAAACUCCCGCUAAACUCACGCCAGCCAAGAAACAAGAGUCAUCUGAUGAUAGUGACAGCAGUGAAGACGAAAAACCUAAACUCAAAACUCCUGUCAAACCACAAGUAGCAAAUGCCAAAGUUCAACCGAAAAAGCAAGAGUCCUCGUCAGACAGCGAUGAUAGUGAAGAAGAGAAACCUAAAAAGGCCGUGCCCAAGCCUCAGGCUACUCCUGCUAAACAAGCCACUAAAACUCCUGUCAAGAAAGAUUCAUCUGAUGACAGUGAUGAUAGUAGUGAAGAUGAAAAGCCUCAAAAAAUUGCACCCAAGCCACAAGUUACACCAGCUAAACCACUUGCUAAACCUGCUGUGAAAAAAGAUUCAUCAGAUGAUAGUGAUGAUAGCAGUGAGGAUGAAAAACCUAAAAAGGCAACACCCAAGCCUCAGACCACACCUGCUAAACCUGUAGCUAAACCUCCUGUGAAACAGGAUUCUUCAGACGACAGUGAUGAUAGUAGUGAAGAUGAAAAACCCAAAAAGGUUGUCCCUAAGCCACAGGCUAUUGCUACUAAAUCAGCUACCAAAACACCUGUGAAAAAGGAGUCCUCUGAUGACAGUGAUGAUAGUAGUGAAGAUGAAAAGCCUAAAAAAGCUGUGCCUAAGCCACAGGCCACUCCUGUGAAACCAGCCACCAAGGCACCAGUAAAAAAAGAUUCCUCUGAUGACAGUGAUGAUAGUAGUGAAGAUGAAAAGCCUAAAAAAGCUGUGCCUAAGCCACAGGCCACUCCUGUGAAACCAGCCACCAAGGCACUAGUGAAAAAAGAUUCCUCUGAUGACAGUGAUGAUAGUAGUGAAGAUGAAAAGCCUAAAAAAGCAGUGCCCAAGCCACAAAUUACUCUUGCUAAACCUGCUACCAAGACUCCAGUGAAAAAGGAUUCAUCAGAUGACAGUGAUGACAGUAGUGAAGAUGAAAAGCCUCAAAAGGCCACACCAAAGCCAGCAGUUAAAGCUCCUGUGAAAAAAGAUUCAUCGGAAGACAGUGAUGAAGAUAGCAGUGAAGAUGAAAAACCUAAACAAACACAAAAACUACCUGUACCUAAAAAAGAUGCACUUAAUGAUUCCUCAGAUGAUGAUGAUGAAGAUGUUCCUCCUGGCAAGACUCCAAAGAAAGAGAAUCAAGAUAUCCAGACUAAUGGCUUCCAGUCAGGAAAGAAAAGGAAAGCUUCUGGUGGUGAUCAUGGUCCAGCAAAGAAGCCAUACAGUAACUUUGUUAAGGAGGGUGAAGCUGGAGAUGGGGUAGACGAUCAGUCGGAAGCCAAUAAGUCCGGUAGUUGGCAAGAAGGCGGUCGAGGUGGAUUCCGAGGUCGAGGCAAUGAUAGGGGACGGGGUGGCUUCAGGGGAGGACGCGGUUUUAACAAUGAUAGAGGAGGCCGCGGAGGUUUCAAUGACAGGGGAGGUCGCGGCGGACGAGGAGGAUUCGACAGGGGUGGACGAGGCUUCAGGGGCGGCCGCGGGGGAGAUAGGGGGGGCCGGGGAGGCGACAGGGGUGGUAGGGGCUGGAACAACCGCGGAGGUCGCGGUGAUCGUAACUCUUGGGGUGGUGACCGCGGAGGAUUCAAUAAAGGAGGCUUCCAAGAAAGAAAAAGCUUUGGUGGAGGCGAUAAUUCUCAAAAUAAAAAAAUAACAUUUGACUAAAUAGAGUGGAGCUCGCGGUUCUUGGGGCGAGCGCGCCAACAUAGACUUGAAGCACACGCGAGGGAAGUCUUUCAAACACGAGAAGACGAAGAAGAAACGAGGAUCCUACCGCGGCGGCGCCAUCGACACCGGAGUUCAUUCCAUCAAAUUUGAGGAUUAAGUGAAAGCUCAUAAUUUUAUAGUAUUAUAAGGAUAUAUAAUCUAUAGAUAUAUAUCCGUAUCUCGUAUCCAACGCAAAUUUAUUGAAAUCAAGUGUUUCAGCACAUGUGACUAGUACCAGCUAGCAUUUACUAUAAGAUUAUUGGUAAAUUGAAAUACCAUAAUGGUUCCCUGACUCUGUUAUCAAUUUUCUCUGGUAUUAGUGAAGAUGUAAGUUUUUUACAACCAAUACAGAGUAGAUGUCAAAUCAAAUUAUGGGUGAUUAUUAUGGGACUCUUAAAUUGAAAUUGAUGAAAUAUAUUGAGGUGACAAUUUGUUAAUUAAUUUGUGUUAUACUUAGGUAUAAAUACCUAUCAAUGAAUGUUAUUGAACUAUUUUUAAAAGAAUGUAUUACAUACAUUUGUUCUAAUGAUUUAGUCUCAUUGCUAGUAAUACUUCAUAAUUGAAAUUAUUUCUGUUUGUACGAUGCACAAGACCUUCGAGAAAAGUGACUACUUAUUAUAGUUAUUUAAAUUUGUUAAGUGACCAAGAGAAAUUGUAUGUGUAGCACAAUGUAUGCAAUUUUAAUGCAGGUCUAUUUAUAUUAUUUCAUUUCGUCAUGACUUAAAACUUCUUAUGUAAAUAUUGCUAAAAUUAGGUGACUACUAUGAAAAGUAUUGCGAUAAUUUCUGACAUUUUAUUGCGGCCAUUGUUUUAAUUUUAGCAAUUUUUAAUUUGUACAUAAGUAACCAAGUGUAUAGUAAUAGUCUAACUUCGCGCUUGUGACUAAUACUGUAUGUUUGGUGUUAAAAAUAGUUUUUAUAAUAAGUAUAGUUUCUAGUUUUGUAAGCCGCCUUAAAAUAGAAAUACAGUUAUUAAA